ACUACUUUUGGAUGGUGUAAUUAAUUAUUUGCCGUGUCCAAUUGAAGCUAGUAAUUAUACUCUUGACCAAUCUAAGCAUGGGGAAAAGAAUACCCUUGUGGCAUUGUCUAUCACAAUGAAGAGGGAGUAUGGUCAAGUAACAUAUCUAAGAAUCUAUGAGGGUGUCGUUCGAAAGGGGGAUUUUAUUACAAACGCUAACACUGACAAGACGUUUGAGGUUCCUCAUUUGUUUCGGAAGUGUAAUGAUGUGUUUAAGGUAAUUGAAGAGGCUAAUGUUGGGGAAAUAGUUGCUGUCUUUAAUGCACCAGGCUUUACUGAUGGGUUAGUAAGUUAUACAAUGACUUCUAUUGAUGUUUCUAAGUUGGUCUCAAGAGAUUCUGAUGUGCAAGGUAAAGGCGAUGCGUAUUUACCAUUUGUCAAGGUUUAUGGAGGCAAAGGACGAUUGGUAUUGAUGAAAAGUAUCUCAGGAUUACUCAAAUGUUAA